AUGCGGGCCUUGGUAGGCGAAAAUCCUAAGAUUUUUUCUUUGACGGAAAUUUUACAAGCGUUUGUCAACAAUCGUCUAGAAAAUAUUCGCCAAAUUGCGGAAAUAAUUAAAGGUUACCCGACCGAAGAAGAACGUAACGAACAAUUAAAACAAAAGUUCGCUGAAAUUAAACAAGGAAAAAUCAAAAUCGAGAACAUUUUAAGCAUGUCGAUUAGUUUUCGUCAAUUUACGCCGGAAAAACAAGCUGAUUUAACUCAGGGAAUAACCGAUUUAAAAAUUGAGAAUGAAAAAUUGGCUCAACUAGUUGCUAGCGAAGAAAAACGUAAAGAAAAAUUAAUUGCAGACUUAGAACAAUUGAAAAAAGAUUACGAGAAAGACCAUCGUCGCACCCAAAUCAUUUCCGAUUCUCACUUGAUUGAUGAAAGAAAAGCUAUUGCUCCCGAAGAAAUCAUUAUCAUUCUCAGCCGUGGUGAAAAGAAAAAAACCAAGUCGGAAACGGGGGAAAAAGAAAAAUUGCCUAGUUAUUUAAAUAUUUACAAAAUUAAUUCUUUGGAGGCUACUAAUAUUCCGAGUGUAGGUAAGGAAUUAAAAACCCGCGGGGAAAAUCUAGCCAUUAUUAAAUCUAAUCGGCGGGAUGAUUUAUGGUGUUUUUCUAACCUUGGAAAAAUCUACAUUCUCCCAGUUUACAAAUUGGCCGAUAAAAGUAUUAAUUUACGAGAGAGCAGAAUGUUGAAAUUAGCCGAGGGGGAAACUAUCGAACAAAUUAUUUCGGUCCGCGAAGACUUUCUAACUACAGUCGAGAGAAAAGAAAAAUAUUUAGUAAUUAGUACAAAGAAGGGAAAAAUUAAGCGUUUAUCUCUAGAAAAAAUUGGUAGAGUAAUGAAAGGAGGAAAAAAAAUAAUUAAUAUAGCCAAGCACCGCGACGAAAUUAGUCAAGUCGCCUUUACUUCGGGAAAUGAUGAUAUAAUGGUAUUUACCAAGCAGGGAAAAAGCAAAAGUUUUGCUGAGAAAAUGGCUGGGGACUUCGGUCGGGCUGCUUAUGGAGUUACUGCUAUUAAGUUAGAAGAUGGCAGUCAAAAAACUCGUUGUCCUAAACACAAAACUUUGCUCGAGCAGCACAAAGCCGCUUCUUGUUGUGAUAAGAGUCAACUAGGUGCCUCACUUCGUUGCCCGCGUGGAAAAGAGAUAAAUAAAGAAAUUAGAAAUUGUCCGGACUGUAAUAAGGUAACGCCUACUGCGCCAGGCCAAGCAAAAGAUGAAAUGAUUAACUUUUUGGUAGUGGAAAAAGAAUUACCGAAAAAUGAGUUCAAUUUGUUAGCGGUUCGCGAAGAUAAAAGUGGAGUAAAAAAAUCCCUCUCGGCGGUUUUCCAAUUAGCCAAAAAGCGGGGCGGGAAAGGAAAAAAGAAAUUCAAAGUCGAAGAGCGAGAAAUUUCUAAAUAUUCCACAAAAAAAGGAGGAAAUGAAUUAAAAGAAGUGUUAGGGCGGGCACAAAAAGAACAAGUUAAUCCAGAGGUAAUUAAAAAGUACGAAGAAGAAUUAAGCCAAAACAGGCAAAAACAACAAGAAUGGAAAGAAAAGGGUGACAAAAAGAAAAAAGAGUUGAAAAAUGCCGAAGAGAAAACCAAAAGAUGUGCGGAUUGUCGGAAAAAUUGUCCUCAACACGAGCAAUUAAAAAUUCAACACGAGGAGAAUAAUUGUUGUGAUAAGAAAAAGCACGAGAAAGAAGGAUUACAAGAAAAAAUUAGACAAUUACAGCAAGCCGCCAAACCUAGUGCUAAAAAGUUGGAAAAAUUACGAGCAGAAUUGAAAGAAUUAAAUAAACAGUCCAGUAAAAACCGCCUGGAAUGUCCUAAAUUCCAAGCCCUAAAUAAAGAAAUAAGAAUUUGUUCGGAAUGUAUCGGCAAAAAAACCAAAAAAGCGGUCAAGAUUAUUCCAACCCAUUUACAAAAAGUAUUUUUGAUUGACAAGCGAGCCAAGUCCGAGAUUUAUCUAUUAGCCGAAGAAGUGGCUAAAAAGAAAGUUAGAGAAACUUAUACUCCUCUACAAGAAAGGUUACACAAGUUGGAGAACAUUUUUUUCGCCACUAAAGAAAAAUUAAAAAAUUAUGGGGCUAAAGAUUGUUCCGAAAAUAGCGACUGGAUUUUGUUGAAUGAAAAUUUACUAAUUUACCAAGAACAAAUUGAUUAUUUAAAAUCCAAAUUAACCGCAGCCAGCCACGAGGAGGAUAAAAUUAUUACUUACCGUUUAUUGGAAACCAACGAAGAAAUAACGGUUCGGCUAACCAGUGGCGAGACCGAUCCUGAUAAAGGCUGA